CAGAGGCGACGAAGGAGCCCUGGCCAUCAGACCUUAGAUUGAUAUAUUUUUUUUUUGAGCAAAGAUUGAUAUAUUAUUAAUUCAUGUAUUGAUAUAGUAUUAAAAUAUUAAGCAAAAGUAAAUAUGGUAAAAUUAGCAUCAAAUUGUAAAAAGAUUAAACAAUUCGCAAAAAAUAAAAAAGUAAAUUGUAAUAACACACCCUAAAUGUGAUUAAUUAUGUGAUUGUUAUUGUUAUUAUUAUUAUAGUAUAAAAGGCCCAAAAGGUGUAGCCGGUGAGGAGAACCCAAACGAUCCAGACUCGACCGAUUCCACCAACAAAAUCAAAAUGGUCCGAAAGCGUUACGAACCACCCAAAACAGGGUGGGAAUGGUUCAAGUCCAUAAAUUACGACAAAUACUUUGAUAAAAUAGGAGCAGGAAAAAGACAUUACUUGUUCUGGAAACAGUUUGGGAAGGGCCUUAUGUACACCUAUGCCUUAGCCGGUGCUUGUUGGUGGUACAACGAAACUUCGCCAUUGGGGUGGUGGUCACUGAAGGUUCAGCCCAAGGAGGAGCAAGAGUUAGCACACUUGUAUGAGAGGAGGGAGUUCCCUUAUCCGGGAGACAAGGAAGCCAUGGAUGAGUUCAUUACCAAGGGUGGAAUGAUAGGCACAGCAAUUGGUCCCAAAGGGAUUCCAGAGUUGGAUAAAGAUUCUUUUAAUUUUCACAAAGAGCUGCAGGACAAGAAGCUGAAUCAGGAAGCUCAGAAACUAUGGCUCAGAAUGAGAAAUGAGGUAAUUUCAGAGCUUCAUCAAAAGGGCCUUGAGAUUGAAUGAAAUUUGGUCAUUAUUUGAUGUUUUACCUAUCUAACUAAUAAGGCUUUCAACUCAAAUGUCAAUAAACUAUUGUCAUUACCUAUCUAAAACGAGCUUUGAGAUUGAAUGAAAUUUGGUCAUUAUUUGCCUAAUUUUUUAUGUGUAUCAUAAAGAUCUCGAGAGUUGGAAAGUAAAUGCUUUUGGUGGUCUAGACCCUGUGAAACUUGAUUGCUAUUCUCAAAGAUGAGGUUUUGCUCAAUAAAGUUAGAUGAAGUUUAUGAUCUUCAUUAUAUAAGGUUUUAUAUUUCGGUAUAAAUUCUUACUCUGCUGUCUUACA